GCGGAUGAACACAGAUUUGUUGGAUAAAAAGGACUUUAUUUUGGUGAGUCUUACCAAUAAAUCAUCUGGAAAUCGUUGGAAAUGGCUGAGAAACUUGUAAUUAUUGAAAACUUCCUGAGCUGCCAUGUGUGCUCAGAGACUUUCAGAGAUCCUGUGUCUCUGAGCUGCAGCCACAGCUUCUGUUCAAGCUGCCUGCAGAAAUUCUGGGAACAAGCUAAAAACAAAAACUGUCCCAUUUGUAAAAGAAGAUCCUCAAAGGAUGAACCAUCCAUAAAUCUCUCUCUCAAAGAACUUGCUGACUCCUUUGCUAAGAGGCAGAGUGAUAGCUCACCUGAAGAGAAGCAGAGGGAGGAGGUGGUGUGUGAGAAACAUCCAGAAGUUCCUUACUGGUUCUGUGUGGAUGAAGAUAGAGCUGUGUGUCCUGUGUGUGAGUUUUCUCUCCAUCAUGGUCACAAAGUGGUUCCUGUAGAAGAAGCAGUCAGUGACCUGAAGGAGCAGCUGAAAUCUGCCUUAAAGUCUCUGCAGGACAAGAGGAACAAAUACAAACAAGUGGAGCAAACCUACAAUGAAGUGACUGAACACUCCAAGAAGCAGCUGUUGUCCACAGAGAGGCAGAUCAGAGCAGAGUUCAACAAGCUCCACCAGUUCCUGAGAGAGGAAGAGGAGUCCAGACUGGCAGCUCUGAGGGAGGAAGAGGAGCAGAAGGGGAGGACUAUCAGCAGAGAGAUGAAGAUGAUUGAGGAGCAGAUCUCCUCUCUGUCAGACAGCAUCUCUGCUGUUGAAGAAGAGCUGCAGAAACACAGCGUGCCAUUCCUCAGCAGUUAUAAAGCCACUCAGAGCAGAGCCCAGAGCUCACUGCCAGAUCCACAGCUGCUCUCAGGAGCUCUGAUAGAUGUGGCCAAACACCUGGGCAACCUGUCCUUCAGAGUGUGGGAGAAGAUUAAGGAGAAGCUCCACUUCAGUCCUGUCAUUCUGGACCCAAACACUGCAAACCCCUGUCUCUGUCUGUCUGAUGAUCUGACCAGUGUGAGACAUGAAGACACAAAGCAGCAGCUUCCUGACAAUCCAGAGAGAAACACUAAGUAUGCCCAUGUUUUUGGCUCUGAGGGCUUCAGCUCAGGGAAACACAGCUGGGAGGUGGAGGUGGGAGACCAUCCUCGCUGGAAUGUGGGUUUAGUUAAAGAGUCAGUCGACAUGAAUGAAUCAUCUGUUUCUCCAGAAACUGGAUUCUGGUGUUUAGUGCAUAACAAUGGAGAAUACAUUAAUAUUGUUGGUCAGCAUGUGAGAGUGAAGAAGAGUCUCCAGAGGAUCAGAGUCCAGCUGGACUAUGACAGGGGGGAGGUGUCCUUCUACAACCCUGAAGACAUGACUCCCAUCUACACUCACAGACACACUUUCACUGAGAAACUCUUCCCAUAUUUUGGUCUUGGAAAAUCAGGAGACGCCAAAAUCUGUGAUAUCAAAAUCUGUCAUUCACUGAAACCUUUGAGCUGAUUUUUUAAUAAUCUGUGUGCUGAUUAUUGUUUUUCUUCCAGGAAUUCCAGUUAAUUAUUCAGAGGAGCAAAAAUGUAGAACUACUGCUUAAAGAAUGAAUGAGAAUUUUGGUCCUUCAUCAAAUUAUUUGACAUUUGUUGUGUUGGGAAUUUUUUUUAAUCACUUUUACUGUCACCAUUUCUAUAUAAUGUACUGAAGCAUAUUAGUGUGUUAAGGUUAUUGGGGUAAAUGUAGGGCCUGUAAGAUCUAUUACUCACACAGGUCUGGGGUCCUGGUGGAAUGUGGGAACAUCUCUGUUUCACAUGACUUUUGUCACUUCAUGUUGUAUUUUAGGGGGUUUUAUGACAGGUGGGCUCAAAAAGAGAAGGUUUGCAGAACCACCUGUGUUUGUGAAACAUGACUUAAUGGAGAGAUAAGAGCUGGCUAAGUGGGGAUGGAAUUGAGAGGUGUUUUAACAGAGUUUUAUUGUAGAAAGGUUCAACAUUGUGACAUUUGCCAGGACUAUCAUAAACCAAGAGAUACCCAAAUGACGUGUAUGCCUUAAGCAUGUGAUUGACUAGUGGGUGGAACAGAGCCAACAGACGAUUGGUUGGGGUUCAAGUUUUAUGGGUUGAGACUUUAUGCAAAUUAGGGGAGGUCAAAGGCAAAUGUGCAGUUACCAUCUUUAAAGGUAUAAAUGUUGGCUCGCUCUUUG